GUUGGGGAAAGCACGCGCCGCCGCAGUAGCGAGGAGCUCGUCGCUCCUUGGAAGGAAGUUUACGAGGCGUACAGGCUUUGCGGGCUUCUGGUUGGCGCUUACACCCCGGCGGCGGGAGUUCCCUCCACGUGCUUCCUCUGGCAACAUGGAGCUGGAGGAGUUAGGGAUCCGAGAGGAAUGUGGCGUGUUCGGAUGCAUCAGCUCAGGAGAGUGGCCCACGCAGCUAGAUGUACCGCAUGUGAUCGCUCUGGGACUCGUGGGGCUGCAGCACCGGGGUCAGGAGAGUGCUGGUAUUGUCACCAGUGAUGGGAAUUCAGUACCAACAUACAGAACACACAAGGGAAUGGGUCUCAUAAAUCAUGUCUUUACUGAAGACAAUUUGAAGAAAUUAUAUACUUCAAAUCUUGGAAUUGGACACACGAGGUACGCUACUACAGGAAACUGUGAAUUAGAAAACUGUCAGCCCUUUGUCGUUGAAACACUCCACGGGAAAAUAGCUGUGGCACACAACGGUGAAUUGGUUAAUGCUGCUCGAUUAAGGAAAAAGCUUCUGCGCCAUGGUAUUGGUCUGUCAACAAGUUCUGACAGUGAAAUGAUCACCCAGUUACUGGCAUAUACCCCUCCUCAGGAACAAGAUGAUACCCCAGACUGGGUAGCAAGGAUUAAAAACUUAAUGAAGGAAGCACCCACAGCAUAUUCCCUACUUAUCAUGCACAGAGAUGUUAUUUAUGCCGUACGAGAUCCCUAUGGAAAUCGUCCUCUAUGCAUUGGUCGUCUUAUUCCUGUAUCUGAUAUAAAUAAUAAAGAGAAAAAGUCUUUAGAAACGGAAGGAUGGGUGGUGUCUUCAGAAUCUUGUAGCUUUUUAUCUAUUGGUGCAAGAUAUUACCGUGAAGUCUUACCUGGAGAAAUUGUGGAAAUAUCUAGACAUAAAGUCGAAAGUCUUGCUGUCAUACCAAGGUCUGGAGGAAACCCAAUGGCUUUUUGUAUCUUUGAGUAUGUUUAUUUUGCAAGACCAGAUAGUAUAUUUGAAGACCAAAUGGUUUACACAGUAAGAUACCGGUGUGGGCAGCAGCUGGCAAUUGAAGCCCCUGUGGAUGCAGAUUUGGUUAGCACUGUGCCAGAAUCUGCUACACCUGCUGCUCUUGGUUAUGCUGGAAAGUGUGGGCUUCCGUAUGUUGAGGUACUAUGUAAAAACCGGUAUGUAGGAAGAACCUUCAUUCAGCCAAACAUGAGAUUAAGACAGCUUGGUGUUGCAAAAAAGUUCGGAGUAUUGUCGGACAACUUUAAAGGCAAAAGAAUUGUUCUUAUAGAUGAUUCAAUUGUGAGAGGCAAUACCAUCUCACCCAUAAUCAAGUUGCUCAAAGAAUCCGGUGCAAAAGAGGUACAUAUUCGAGUAGCUUCACCACCAAUUAGAUAUCCAUGCUUCAUGGGAAUCAACAUACCAACAAAAGAAGAGCUUAUUGCCAAUAAACCAGAAUUUGAGCAGCUUGCUGAAUAUCUUGGAGCAAAUAGCGUUGUAUACCUGUCAGUAGAAGGACUGGUUUCAUCUGUACAAGAAGGGAUAACAUUUAAAAAGCAGAAAGUGAAAAAGCAAGAUAUUAUGAUUCAGGAAAAUGGGAAUGGUGUGGAAUGCUUUGAAAAGAAUGGUCAUUGUACAGCUUGUCUCACUGGAAAAUACCCUGUGGAGCUGGAUUGGUAGCUGGUAGCAGUGGAUUCCAUGAUUCAAGAUGUACAGUUGGUCAAGGAGUUAGAGUGGUUCCAUCUUAUCCAUUAGAGUUAACCAGUUGGUCCAUGGAAAUACCACAUGGUUCUGUUCACCUUUGUAAGUCUUGAGAUCUUUUUUUCCCUGAAAGGGGUACCAAAGUGCUUUGCUUUCUUUAAUAAAACUAAAUAUUUUGGUGUUAUCUAGGAACUUGGAUUAUCUUUUCAGUUUUAUUUUAGUAGUUUAGUACUUUGAGGCCAUCCGUUAUAAGAUCGUCAACAGUAAUAUAAAGGUUGGGUAAAUUUUCGAUUUUAGAGGGGAUUGCCACAUACUAUAUACCUUACCACAAAUUCUUAUAGAAUUUUGUGGAAUGUUUCUUAGGUGUUAUUGAAAUUCAGUUAUGGAAUAUUUUCAUAAUUGAACCUUGCUAGUUUCAUAUAAUACAACAAUAUUGGCUUUUUUUUUUUUAAUACAGGCAACAGCUAGCCAUUUCCCCUGGUGAGAAAAGGCAGGUGGUAAGUGGCACUUGCCAGGUCCAUGAUUUAAAGAGUUAGCAAGCAGUUAGAAUGAGAUGAUGUGAUACAAACAAGACAUGUUAAGUAUAACAUUUCAUGCACAUUUCAAAUCUACUUUAUCCCAGAUGUGUCAAAUCUGUAGAGUUCUGACUGUAAGUAUGACUUUGGCAUUCUUGUCUAACUUUAGACAAGUCUUUUUUUAAUGCCUCACUUUUCCCCGACAUGUGCAAUGGGGUACUUACUGUUACUAAAUUAAUAGGAAUUUGAAUAUGUCAUACUCUCGGUGGUUAGAGCCAUCAUGUCACACCUGUGUGUUUUAAGAUAGUGUGUGGUUAUUACCUUUUGUAAUGUUGGCUAUUAGUCUGCCAUUGAGAUUUCAUUAUGGGAAGGGACAAACAGUUUAGCAGUGCUUCGCCCACCUGCCUUUGAGAUGCCCUAACAAUGAUUAUAAAAAUAUGUCUGUGGAAAGUUUCCCUGCAUUUGACUAGGACGUGUGAAUUAUACUACUUAGUGUUCCGAAAGUACAAAGCCCAGCAAACAACCCAGUACAUUUGGAGUAAAAAAAUAAAGGUUUUUUAGAAUUUAAAAUUUUAAGUUUUACUUGAUCAUUUGCAAGCACGAGGUAUGUCCAGAAAAAGUCCAGCCAUUGCUAAUAUGAGAACAGUUUGUGUGACACAGAUGUAAACUGGCAGCCAGAGAAUGGGCUAGAAUGCACGUGCAUGAACAAUGAUGACCUCACUGUAGGAGUCAGUGGGGGUGGUAGAUGCCCUUGAGGGAGCAUGUGCACUGUGUGGCUAUGCAUUCAAAGUGACUGAGCAAGGAGAGCAACAAAUCUGCAUUAAAUUUUGCGUUAAGCUCGAACACUUCUCUGCAGAAACUACUGGAUGAUUCAGAAGGUCUUUGGGGACAAUGCAAUGAGUGCAGCACAAAUAAAAGUGGCACAAAUGCUUCAAAGAUGGUCAAGAAUCUUUUGAAAGUGGUCCAUGUUCUGGAAGGCCUACAACAAGCAGAACAUCUGAGAAUGCUGAAUGUGUAUGGACUAUAAUCAAUAAGGUGCUUACUUCGAAGGCAGCUAAGGCUUCAUUGUGCUGUGUACAAUGUUUAUUGUAAAUUGUAUCUUCCUCAGUAAAUGUCUUAUCACGUGGCUGGAUACCUUCUGGACAGACCUCAUACACCUACGUGUAUAUACACAUACAUAUCAUUGCAGUUAAAUGAUCAAGUUUGAAAUACUGUAGGGACCAAUUUUAUUUAAGGAUCAAGGAGACAGCUACUUUUUUGGAGUUAGUGUACCCAUCUAAUUUUAGACAUCAAGUGACCACUUUUUUCUGCUUAGUUUUAUUGAGACUAACAUUUGAAUUUUUGAAAUUUUUUGCUUGCACUAUCUAAAGACUUAAAAUUUGACAGCUUUCCCCCAAUUACUGUUUCUGUAAGAUUUUUAAAAUAUUAAAGUGUUUCUGUGUUAUUGUUACCAUAAUUUGAUGUAUAUAGUUUCCAAGUCCAUUUGCAAAUUCAAUAUUUAUUAAUAACUGAAAUCUUUUGUCUUCAUUUGGUAUGUAGUCUCACACGUUGUAGUCUGGUAGGCCAAGUUAAAACCCUGACAGCCCUUUAAGCCCAAGUGCAUCCAGGCAGCAGUCGGUCAGGUAACCUUGUGGCAGUGACACAAGCAAACUGGCAUUUAAAUAAAGCUCUGGGACACUUGAGCAUAUAGCCUCUUGUCUCUAGUGUAUUUCUCACAGUGGUCUGAAGGAGGCAAGACUUAUGGGUCAGUUUUGAACAGCCUUACUUACAUUUGAUUUUUAAAAACAAGAGACUCAGGGAGAGUACUGAACCAAAAUCGCUCAUCUGACUUUUCUGUUUUCCAUAGUUUUUAUUUGGUUUUAUCGAAAUGCUUUUAUAAUGGAAUAUGAUACUGUGACAGUUUGGUAAUUCUUCAAAUUUUUCCAUCGUGGCCUUUUAUUUCACAAGUUUCUGAAGUCUGAAUUACAAUUUUUUAAACCAACUUAAUCUAAAAGGAUUAACUGCUUUAAAUUUAUACACGUAGAAUAUUGUAAACCAGAGAAGAUUAAAAAAUGUGUUUUCACAGGAUCUAAAUUGUUGUAUAUGAAACUAAGCCUACUUUUUUGUGACUUCAUUGUGAUGUGUU